AUGGCCCUUCCUUAUUAUCACAACCCGUCCCUUCCUAUUCCUCCCCCCGCCUACUUCCGGGGAGUCUACAACGAGGUCUACGGACCUCACCCUGAGAUGAACUUCGGGAUACUCACCGCACCUGAGUCCGGAGUUGUCUCCAACAAAACCGAGGUGCCAGUGAAGAAGUCCCGCGCCCGAAAAUGCUGGGACUUGAUGUGGGCCAAGCCUAAGAACUGGUGGUCAGCCCGCAGUGAGACUGAGAAGUCUGCCUGGCGAUAUCUGCUGGGUUUGUUGAUCAUCGCGGCCAUUAUGGCUGUGCUGGCUGCAAUGGUCUAUCUGUUCCAUGCAUUAACCCUUCGAGAGUUGGCUGAGCAACGGGAAAAGUGGCACGAAAAAAGGAUUGACACCGUGAAGCAGGAUGAUGAGAUUGAAAGGCGCAUACUGCCCGUCAAAUACCCACUCACCAUCACCGAGUCUGCGUGCCCAUCGGAAGCACGCGCUUGGGGCCUGUCAACGACAUCGACAGCCCAGCCCAGCACAAUCGCCGUGUCCUUCACGGCAUGA